CAAAAUUAAAUAUAAUCACCCUCUCACUUAUUAGUGCCCCCUACUUGAUUCUCCCUCACACGUAAUACGCUUCGUUCAAGUAAAUUAAACCUAACAUUGCUAUAAAUUCCCAAUUAGGGCAGCAACUCUAAUAUCAAUCGAGCCCCAAUGGCGAACUCCAUCGACAUUGUAGUCGAAAAUCGCAAAGGCGACGAAGCCGAAGCAGCAGCUUCGGCUUCGUCAGUCCUAACUAGAGUCAACGCAGGCUACUUCACAAUCUCCCUUUCCCUCGGCGCCCAAGCCGUGCUUCUGAACACCUUAAUCGACGAUCAUGCCACGACGAAAUUAAAAUUUUAUUUUAAUUUGGUCGUGGCCGAUCGCAUCCUCGGCCCAUGGGCCAUGCUGAUGACGUGGCUCUCUCUGUGCACCCUGGCCCUAAUUUCGUCCCUCUACAUUUUGAGGUGCGUGUUCCACCUGUGGCUCGUGAAGGCCGAGUACUCGGACCGCGUGGCGGUCAACUUCCUCUUCGUCCCGUGGAUCUCGUGGCUCCUCCUCCUCCGCGCCACGCCACAGCGGGUACUCUUGCGCCUCCCGCACGAGGUCCUGCUGUGGGCGCUCGUGGCGCCGAUUGUGGCGCUUGAUGUAAAGCUAUACGGGCAGUGGUUCACGAGCGAGAAGCGGUCGCUGUCGGCCGUGGCGAACCCCACCAGCCACCUGCCGAUGGUGGGGAACUUCGUCGGGGCGUGGGCCGCGGCCGGGGUCGGGUGGAGGGAGACCGCGCUGUGCCUUUUUGCGGUCGGCUUGGUGCAUUAUGUGGUCGUCUUUAUUACGCUCUAUCAGCGUUUGACCGGGUUUCGGGCCGCGCUGCGGCCCAUUUCCUUUUUGUUUUUUGGCACGCCGAGUGCGGCGUGCCUGGCGUGGAGCGCGAUUUCGGGGGGGUUUGGGGUGGCAUGCAAAAUGCUCUUCUUCCUCUCGCUCUUCCUUCUCGCGUCGUUGAUGUGUCGGCCGGCGUAUUUCAAGAAAUCGAUAAAGAAGUUCAGCGUGGCAUGGUGGGCGUACUCGUUUCCCGUAAGCUUCGUGGCGGUCGCAUCAACGCAGUACGCGGAGGAAGUGAAGGGUGUGGCGGCGGGUGGGCUUAUGCUACUACUUUCUUCACUCUCAUUGUUGGUUUUUGUGGCAAUGCUCAUACUCACAGCUCUAAAUACUGAUAGGCUUCUGAGACAAAAUGAUUCUUCUCUCAGUUUCACUUGAUUUGAAUAAAUAUGUAACAUGAACAUGUACUUGAUUAGCCCUACCUCUUUGACUAUCCGAAUUUCGUUAAUUAAUUAUGAAAUUAAGUGUAAUGUCAUCACCACUCA